UAUUAACAUGGCCUCAGCCUCUGUCGCAAACUGACCAGCGUAGGUAUCCCUAUGGGCAUUCAAAUGAAUCCUUCGGUUCAGGAUAAAUAUGCAAACGGGCCCAGUAUGGGCUUGCUAUAAGUAAUGGAAGCAAUGUACAGUGUAAGUAACUCUUGACGAGUAGCUUUCUCAGUCUUUCCUGCGACUACGAUGCAGAAAACAACUCCGUGGAAGAGACGAAGUCUCAUUUCUCUCGUUCCUAUAUUGGGUUUCCUGACAUGCCCAGCCUUCGGAGAACCAGUCUGCGAAGCUUCUACCUUCCAGAAUCUGGACUUACCAGGCGGCGAAAUUGUCAACAUUGCUACACAGACACACAUGAACCUGUCAUUCCAAGCUCCCGCAGAGCAAAACCAUUACGCUACUGCUGUGACUGAUCUGAACGCUUGCGAAGUGAUCAUCACAUACACGCAUCCCGGCUCCAAUGACACUAUCCACACGGUCGUUUGGUUACCAUCGCCUGAGAAGUGGACAGGAAGACUCUUGGGCGCCGGUGGUGGGGGAUGGGCUGCGGGACCCGAAACCAACACCACACUCCCAUGGGCGGCUAGCGAGGGUUUUGUUACCGUCGCGACAGACGGAGGUCACAUCGGUGGGGACAUUAGCUGGUCGCUCACAAGUUCUGGCAAUGUCGAUUGGGUGUUGCUAGAAGACCUUGCCUCUGUCUCUCUAGAUGAUGCCGCGACGCUGGGAAAGGCAGUCACUCAUUCUUACUAUGGCGAAGCACCUAGCUAUAGCUAUUGGAAUGGAUGUUCUCAGGGCGGCCGACAAGGCUACAUGAUGGCGCAGAAGUACCCGGAUCAGUAUGACGGCAUCCUGGCGGCCGCACCAGCUAUCUAUUGGAACGAGUUGAUGAUGCAACUCUUCUGGCCGCAGGUCGUCAUGAAUGAGAAUGGGUUUCCGACUCCGCAGGAAUUUGAGGCUAUCAACGUUGCUGUUGCCGAAGCCUGCGAUGGUCUCGAUGGUCUACAAGAUGGCAUCAUAUUGGCACCUCAAGACUGCACCUUUGACCCAAUGACCGUAGUGGGCAAGCAAUACAUCUGUCCUUCCACCAACCAGAGCAUGACGAUCACGAACACCCUAGCCAAGGUAGCAAAGCUGAUAUGGCAAGGUGCUACAACCCGCGAAGGCGAUUUCCUUUGGUUUCCCGGCAACAUUGGUGUUUCGUUCGCUGGUCUCGCAUCAACAACAUGCAGCAAGAACAACACAUGCGUCGGGGAACCGUUUCCCGUACCUCAGACCUGGAUUACCGACUUUGUCAUGCUCGAUCGCGAGUACGACACCGCACAAAUGAACAUUACGCAUUUCGAGCAGCUUUUCCACGAUGCUGUAGCCCGCUACGACUCGAUUAUCGGAACCGCGAACACGGAUCUCGAUGGGUUUCGGAAAGCGGGUGGCAAGCUCCUUUCAUGGCAUGGACUGGCUGAUCAGGCUAUCGCGCCCGAUGCGACUGCGCACUAUGCGCGGGAGGUGCAUGAGCGUGAUCCAAAUUCCAGUGAUUACUAUCGCUACUUUGAAGCGCCUGGUGUCGAGCAUUGCGGUAAUGGGCUUGGCUGGUAUCCUGGUGAUGGUCUGAGAGUACUCAUUGAUUGGGUGGAAAAGGGCAUGGCACCCGAGACACUGGAGGCGGAGACUACGGAGGGUAGGAAGGCGCAGCUUUGCUUAUGGCCUAAGCAUAUGAUAUAUGUUGAAGGAAAUCCUGACGAUGCGGCUUCGUUCGCGUGUCGAUAGGCUUUAGCCUUAGUCACAAGUAUGCGUAAGAAAUGCGUACUAGAGACUCGGGUAUUCAUCAAGGUUGUUUCCAUUAUUCCAUCGUCCAUAUAUAUAGGUGUCACUUUGAAGUAAUCUUUA